AUGAUGGGAUUGCGGGCAGCUGGCGGCGGAGGGCCAGCUGAGGCUGCUGGGUGGACUGGAGUGGACGGCCAGGUGGCCGGGAGCAAGCGCUUCCGAGAUUUCGCACCUCCACCGCGCUGGGAUCAUGACGAUGUCGCCUUGUCGCCUCUCCGGUUGUUGGGCACUGCCCAAUGGCAGAAGCAAAAGGCCCUCAUUGGCAAACUUGUCGCAUUACUUGGAGUGCCUUCAGCUGGAGCCUCUGGUCUGGACCAUUCCGUUUCGAGCCACAACCGCACCCGCACACCGUUAUCCACAGCGCUGCCGUUCCAACGACUUGUCGGUGACGGAAGCCUGUUGCGGCAGUAUGUUCUCCAGACCCUCCCUCGUGUGCUGGCUGCCAGCUACCAGCUACCAGCUCCCCCAGCGGGCGACGCGACAGGCAUGGCUGGCUGUGGCAGCCCAUGCUGGCUUGCCGCGACCCCGUCUGUAAUGCAGCAGCGUAGAUCCAUGACCCUGGACCUUGACUUCGACCAUGACCUGGCCCUGGCCCUGGACCUUGACCUUGUUCCGCUGUCUGCAGGAGAUCUUCCCUGCCGAGAGCUCUCAUCGUUCCUCGUCCUCGUCCUCGUCCUCGUCCUCGUCCCUCCUGAGUACCCAACACACCCAGCAAAACUUGGCGUCCCUGACAAGUACUCCCAUGUCUGA